AUGCCAAAGCGAAAAGCUGCGUCGAAAUUGUCCAAGUUGGUGGAUGACGACUUGGACGAUGACUUGUUGAUGGACGUUGGUGCAGACCACACCCCCGACGAAGACCCAGAUACCGCCCCGCCGCCCGCGAAAAAGGUAAAGGGAAGACCAAGAAGCACUGCGCCCAAAAAUGCAAUGACACGUAUAACCACGUUGCCUAAUCCUGCUUCACCCAAAGCUCGAUCUACGGUUGUCGUGGGACCUAAAAAACGCGGUCCUGCGAAAGUUUCGGCUGCGAGAGGCCACGCAGUUGAACAAAUUGAGGAGGCACAGGAGCCCGCAGAUACAAGUUUGUCAAAAGAAGAUGAUGUACAAGAGGAGGAGCAUGAGCAUGCAGAUGUGGACCAAGAACCGGUCGUUGAAGAUGAACAUGAACAAGGAUCGAACGACGAGCUCGAUUCUCCCAAAACAACGACGCCCGGUAUUCGACAAAGUGGUAAUCAGGCAAAGACUAGGGCGAAGCAGCGAAAGGCGCCUGCGAAGCGAGUGACUCUAGAUGACGGCUUUCAGUAUACUCCUUUAGGGUCGCGUCAAACUAAACCCGCCAAAGCACCCCCGAAAGCGAAAGCUCCAAUGAGACCUGCAGCGCGAAGACAGAAACCGCCAAUUGAACCAGAGGUUGAGCCAGAGGUGGAAGAGGAAGAAGUAGAAGAUGAAUGGGAAGAAAGAGAAGAAGAACAAGAGAAGGUCGAAGAUGAGGAGGAGGAGGUAGAGAAAACCGUCUUACUUGAGAAAUAUGAUUCAACUGCACGCUCCGUAUCGCGCUCUCCUACCAAAAGCUUCUGGAGAAGCCACAUACAAUCCAAACCUCCACAGACAGCAAUCCAACAGCGCAAAGUUGGAAGCACAUCGGAUGGAGAAAAGGGCGAGAACGACGCAACGCUACGAAGAAAGCUUGGGGAUAUGACCAAAAAGUACGAAAACAUGGACAUGAAGUAUCGAAAUCUCCGAGAAGUCGGAAUUCUCGAAGCCAAUGCCAACGUGGAAAAGCUACGGAAACAAUGCGAAGCAAACACCGCAGCAUCCAACGAAUUAAUCGCCUCGUUAAAGAAGGAAUUGGCCAUGCAAACCUCUCUAGCCAAAGAAUCCCGCGCCCUUCAAAAGCAACUGCAGGAUCGGGAUGACGAGGUAGUGGAGCUGGGGACGAAGAUCAAGCAAAUGGGCACCAGCUUAACGAGCGCUCAGAAUGAAGUGAAGGCUCUUCGGAUGAAGCUGGCUGCUUCUCGAACUGCAGCGACCAAUGUGGAAUGUGUCAAUUCCCUGGGUGCUGGAAGUGCUACUAAAAACGGUGGCGGUGUCUUGCGAACUCUCAUGGUGGGAAGUGCUGAAGCGGCCCAGGCAGCGCAAAUAGCGCAGCUGAAGGAGGAUCUCUAUAGUGAUCUCACCGGCCUGAUUAUUCGUGAUGCAAAGAAGAGAGAGUCGGAUCACCUGUAUGACUGUAUACAGACGGGAAUCAAUGGAACAUUACACUUCAAACUCGCUGUUGCGCAUGACGUGGAGAACACGAGCUUUGAAGCUGCAGAAUUCCAUUAUUUCCCCCUUCUCGACCCAAACCGUGAUCGCGAUCUAGUCGAUAUUCUCCCCGAAUAUCUUUCUAUAGAUAUUACGUUCCCGCGACAGCAUGCGUCUGUGUUUUAUAGUCGUGUUGUGGAUACUCUGACGAAGAAGAUACGACGAGCGGAAGAUUGA